AUGCCUCUUCAACUUCCCAAGUAUCAUUACAAGAAGGAAGAUGGUUUAGUUAAGCCUGCGACCGAUGUUUCACAUAUCCUUCGAUCGAAUGGCGUUCCUUGCGUCUUAUAUGGGAUCGGACGGUACCUGGAACUGCUAGGACGAGAAGAAGGGGAAAAUAAGGACGUUGAAUUUCUCAUUCCGGAUGAGUAUAUGGAUAAAGCGAUUGAGGUGCUGCGCGCCUUGGGGCCCGACGACACCCAGAUUGACGAGACCCAGGAGGAGUUGGAUUACGAGAGCCUAAAGACAUUUUUAUGCUGUAACCGCCAACCUAAUUACAGAUUUUGGUAUCGAGGCACCGCUCAAGAUAAAGAGACGGGACAUGACCACCUCCUGCACAUCGGUCUAUUUUUGCAGUCUCAAUAUCUAUGGUGGUUGCCAUCCAAUUCAAUCCUGCUAGCGGAUAAGGGCUAUUAUGGGUCCCAAUACAUGCUGGCAAGUGAUCCUGGGCUGCCCGGUUACCCACCGUACCGUCAAACCCGCUUCAGCCCGAUAGACCCGCCGGUCCUAAUGCUGACUCCUACUGCCUAUGUGGAAUCUCUCAUCUAUCAACAUGCCCGAGACAGUGAGCUGUUGGGCCCAGAUGCCGACCUAUCGUCCGCAAAGUCCAACUGUGUCUUGCCAUGGAUCCACGAGUCGGUCCCGCUUCUUAAAGAUGACCCCCUCCUGGAUAUCACCAAUUUCGAUCGCUUCGAUGAAUAUAUCAAGCCGUUGUGGAUGUGUUACAAUGCUGCGACUGAAGCGGAAGAUUACGAUGAGUAUCACAAGCGUACAAAGAGGUUGGGCAAAAAGCUCGCUAAAGAGGGAAAGCUCCCAAAGAUGCCGGAGUCAUGGACCUACAAACCAGGAUUCUAG